AGCCCCCGUCCCGUCUGCGCCUGCCUCCCCGUCCCACUCCAUCUCUUCUCCUGUUGGCGGUCGUCGGGGGGACGCGAGAUAAUCUUUCAGCGGAGGAGGGGAGCGGGGAGGCGCAGGUGCAUGGUGAAAGCCGCCGCGGGACGCCGGUCGGGCACCAGCCGUCGGCGGCCUAGCGGUGGAGGGGAGCAGCAGCGCUUGGUCGCGGUGGCGCACGCCGCGCGCGUCGCCAUGGUAACGUCCGCUUCGCCAGGGGGGAUCCGUGAUGGGGGAGGAGAUGGAGGAGCCGGCCGUGGGCGGUGCAUCGAGGACCUGCUCGACUGCCUGCUCGGCGUGCUCCGAGCGCUUGGCAUCCCGUGGGUCGAUCGCCCGCUGAGGCAACCGCGUACGUUGCCACCACGCUGUGUGACUCCGGCGGCGGCGUACGGCCGGAGCUUCGCGGCGGAGCUCCGGCAAAUCCCCGGGCGGAUCGCCGGCAAUGGCGCCUGCGCUGUCGCAUCGCUAUAUACGAUGCAGGGCAAAAAGGGCGUCAAUCAGGACGCGAUGAUUGUCUGGGAGAACUUCUGUUCAAGAGAUGAUACCAUCUUUUGCGGUGUGUUUGAUGGUCAUGGACCUUACGGCCAUUUGGUUGCUAAGAGAGUGAGAGAUCUUCUGCCCGUAAAACUUGGUGCAGAUUUGGAGAAAGAUGAGGGCAGAGAGACACCCACUAGCAACAUGAAAAGCAACACAAAUGAAGUAAGCUUGCCUCUAAAACCUGAGACAACAGAAACUACCACUUCAGCUAGAGCUGAGCCGAAUGCAGAGCACCCGGCGAUAUUCACAACAUUCAGAACUUCAUUCUUGCGGGCCUUUCACAUAAUGGACAGAGAUCUGAAAUUACACAAGAAUAUUGAUUGUUUUUUCAGUGGAACUACAGCAGUGGCAGUGCUCAAACAGGGGCACAAUCUUAUAAUAGGCAACUUGGGGGACUCAAGGGCUGUCUUAUGCACUCGAAACGAAGAGGAUCAGCUUAUUGCUGUUCAAUUGACAGUUGAUCUCAAACCUAACAUUCCAAGUGAAGCACAACGGAUCAGGCAACUCAGGGGCAGAAUAUUUGCACUUCCUGAGGAGCCAGAGGUUGCUCGUGUUUGGCUUCCUAAGUACAACUCACCUGGAUUGGCCAUGGCAAGGGCAUUUGGGGACUUCUGUCUGAAGGAGUAUGGUAUAAUUUCUAUGCCUGAAGUCUCAUGUCACUGUAUCACAGAAAAGGAUGAAUUUAUUGUGUUGGCGACUGAUGGGGUGUGGGAUGUUCUUUCGAACACCGAAGUUGUUAGCAUCAUCAGGAGAGCCACUUCUCGAGCUUCUGCAGCACGCUUCCUAGUUGAAUCAGCUAAUCGUGCCUGGCGUACUAGGUACCCUACUUCUAAAAUUGAUGACUGCGCUGUUGUCUGUCUCUUCCUGAAUACACAGGAAGCAAAUAAAACAUCCAGUUCUGCAGCCAACAAUUUGGCAAAUGUUGCAGAAGGUAGUGUCGAUAAGCACUCAACAAUUGUCCAGCUUAGCAGUGGAGUAUCUGCCGAGGUGGUUACUGCAGUGGUGAAAGAUAGAGACGAGCUCUCUGUUGUUGAUACUGUUGCAAAGCCAGUUACUAUCUCAGAUUUGAGGAGCCAUGAUCCAGGUACAAAGCAAAUUAUCACGUGAGCUUGCAUGUGUCCUGAGAUUGGACAUUUGUUAGAAGAUUUGUGUUGUGUCCACCGUGCGCUCCACAUCAUCAUUCUGAGCGGGUAGGAAUUCACGGCUUGCUAUUUUCUACAUGCAAGUGUGAGUAUGAUUUUUUUUUCUUUUGCCUUUUGUAAGGUACCACGUCAAUUUUAGUGUGACCUGCCUUAUUUCCUUGUACUACCUCUGUCUAUAAAAGGAUGUUGAAGAUGUGUUUAAA